AUGGAGGAUGCGGAGUAUGUUGGUAAAUCAACCCGAACAAGAAUUUAUCAAAGGCAUCCGGUGGGGAUGGCAAAACUCAUCGUAGCAUUCGUGAGAUCAACGCCUAUCUUAUGCAUCUGCUGGGCUCAUGGUGAGCCAACGCGCAUGGAAGUCGUUGCGGAACAACAAACACUCGGCCUGCGCACCAUCCCAUCCCUCCCCGCAUCCUUCAAGCGCCAAGCACAGGAGCAAUGUGGCUUAAACGUGCUGCUUCCACGCAUCUGCCAUCAGAGAUGUGUCGUCGAUACCGCAAGACAUUCAGGUUGGGCAACACUGCAGCGCUAUGCGUCGUCUACCUCACCCCUGCGAGGGCUUGAAUCCAAGUCUGGAAAACCUGUCAGCGACCUCGAGCCGGCUCGCCGCGUGCUCAGGGAGACAUUCGGCCAUAGAAAGUUCAGACCGGAACAAGAAGAGGUCAUACCUCGACUUCUGUCUGGGGAGAGCAUGGCCAUAUCUUGGCCCUCGAAAAGUGGAGCGAGUAUUUGUUACCUGGUUCCGGCUGUGUUGGAAAGCUUGACUGUGAACCACGGCAUUACUAUCGUGAUCCGUGGUAGCGAUACACUACUCAGACGCAAGGCGGAAACACUUCGUGACUCGGGGAUUCCUGUUGAUGCCGUGUAUUCUGUCUACCAUGAUGAAUCUCUUUUGAAAACAACACGGAAGGCUGCUCUCGACCGUGUACGCGCAGGCAAAACUCGCAUCCUGUAUUUACUCGCGAAAGACUCGGCCGACAGGGACGUCCUCGAAGCCAUCGAGUCCGCGCUGGAUGGGGUAUAUCGCAUCGUUGUCGAAGAUGCAUCUUACUUCACAACCUUAGAAACACAUGAAAUGACAUACGAUGUUGCAAAUUAUUUGAAAGGGGCUGGUUUGUCUGUGGGGGCCAUCAUAGAAGAGCCCACGACGCAUCGAUCAAAAGAGCUUUUGUCUCGCUUCGAAGCGUCUGAAUUCGACGUCCUCUGCACUACCAUCUCUGCAGCGGAACUUAUCGAACACACCCAUGUACGGAACGUUGUAAUCGCUUCUAUGCCGAGUAGCGUAUCGGCGGUCUACCGCGAAAUGAGGGUUGCUGGACGCGACGGCGGAUGGAGCAAGGCAUUCCUGGUUUUAGACACAGUAGGAAUGUAUCAAUCCGAGACUGGGAAGCGUGCCGCGCUGCCUUGCCGACACGAUAUAAGAUCACUCCUCAACAAAAUAUUUUUCAAGGAACCGACCAAGCAGACUAUCCACAUCGACAGGCACAAGCUAGGGUGGGAAUUGGAUAUGAAGUUUACCCGUAUCUACGAAAUUCUCGAGGGCCUCCAGGACCAACUCGGCCUCAUUUCUGUGGGAGAUCAAGAAUAUGGUGCUUAUCGAUACGCGUAUAGCCGACGGGGCUUCGACUUGAAGAAGAGUGCUUCACCCAUCGACAUGGCCAUAGUCGCCAACUCCACCAAGUCCGGAGAUUUUUAUUAUCUCAACUUCCAAGGAGCGAGAGGGCAAAUCGAAAGCUUCAGCCGCUCAGAAGCCAUCAAUAGGCUGAAUCAAAUGAGUGGUCUUGGUCACAUGACAGUUCGUCCAUGGAACAUGCGGCUGGAACUCCGUAUCUUGAAGCGUCCAAGCCUGGGCAACGGGCCCGGCAGCAUCAGAGCAGUCGAAGAAUGGAUGUAUACAAGUUUACAGAGGGGCUUGGAAGCCUGGAAGCAAUCCCGGCGAGAGGUUGUCGAACUUUUCACCAAGGACCGCUGCACCUCCGUUGGGCUUGCUGAGUAUUUUGGCACAGAGCUCCCAGGUGGCCGGACACGCUGUGAGCGUUGCGAUUGGUGCUUGACAGGGAAACCCCUCGUACUGCCACCUGGCAUAGCAGAGGACGAAAUCGACCGCAGAAGGGUCAUAGCCGUUUUGCAUGCCGUACCCGACCGUAGUAACCCAAGAUUUCUGGCUCGUUUAGCCUAUGAAAAUAUUUUCUUAUAUUAA